GACAGGAUGGCAGAGGAAAAGCGCCAGAGUCCUGGAAUUAAAAUCGGGAUCAUUAUUCAAAGUCAGAUUGCGAGUGACACCGCACGGACCCCGGAGCUCACCGUAGCCGCAGUCUACGGUGUCUGCUGAUGAGCGACUGCAACUUUAAUAGCAUCUAAUAGCAUUUUUUUUUCUUCUUCUUUGAAUUUCUCCAGAAAAAGUAUGGACAACGGUUUCUUUUGAGGAAUCGUAAUUGCGCUGCGCUCAAAGUACAAACUUAUCUUUCCUUUAGAGAGACGACAAAGUGACUUCUGCGAGCUGCUUUUUUAAAAUUGUACGAUUUCAUUUAUUUAUUUAUUUUUCAUCUGGGACGUGGAAGAAAGAAAAUGCAAGAUGGAAAUGUGACAUGAUGGAUGUAUUUUGUUGCUUCAGUGACAGGAGUGCUGUCAUGUUUCAGCAGAAGUAAAGACUUUUACUGUCUGGUGAUCUAUCCACUCAGUUUGGAAAGGAGUAACUUUUUCUUAAUUACAGCUCGGAUACUUCAAGCAGUUAUCACUCAGAAUAGUUUGUGCCCUGAUGUCAUGGGCUGACCUGGGACCACAUAGUUGAUAGUUUGGGGGACAAUGUCGGGACCCUGCGUCCGCAUCUCGUUUUGGGUUCGCUUGUUUCUCCUUCUGCUGCUUUACAGGAUCGCUGCGGGCUGCCCGGAGCUUUUUUCCAGCGGCUGCAGCUGCACGGAGGACCGCGGUAAAGCCCACCCCACUCCCGGGGCUCGGAGGAAAGUGAGCUGCGGUGGAAAGGAGCUGACUGAAACGCCCGAAGCCAGUCUGCUCCCCAACAGGACUGUCUCUCUAAAUCUGAGCAACAACCGUAUUCGUAUGCUGAAAAAUGGCUCCUUUGCUGGCUUAUACUCCCUUGAGAAGCUGGAUCUCAGGAAUAACUUGAUCAGCACCAUUAUGCCCGGAGCCUUUCUGGGUCUCACAGCACUUCGAAAACUUGACCUAUCCAGUAACCGAAUUGGGUGCUUGACUUCAGAAAUUUUCCAGGGACUUACCAACCUCACUAAAUUAAACAUCUCUGGAAACAUCUUUUCCUCUCUGGACCCAAAUGUGUUUAUGGAGUUGCACUCUCUCAAGCUAGUGAACUUCCAUUCUGAGUUCCUGUCGUGUGACUGCGGUCUUCGCUGGGUCCCAGGUUAUUUUCGCAGUGGUUCAGCUCGACUGGGGGAUGAAACUCUAUGUGCGUAUCCCAGACGGCUUCAAAAUAAACCCCUACGUCUUCUUAGAGAGAGUGACCUCAGCUGUGAGGGUCCACUGGAACUGCACACAUUGUCGUUAUUACCCUCACAGCGGCAGGUUGUUUUUAAGGGGGACAGGCUGCCUUUCCAUUGCACUGCCUCUCUGGUUGACAAAAUUACUGCCCUUCACUGGCGACAAAACGGUCAGCCUGUUACCAGUGACCCUAGCAAGGGGAUUCAUCUGGAGGAGAGCGUACAACAUGACUGCACAUUCAUCACUAGUGAACUAAUCCUGUCAAACGUCCAUGUUGAGGCAAGCGGUGAGUGGGAGUGUGUGGUGUCUACAGGCCGUGGGAACACCUCGUGCAGUGUGGAGAUAGUGGUGCUGGAGAACAGCGCCUCCUUCUGUCCGGAGCAGAGAGUGAACAACAAUCGAGGGGAGUUCAGGUGGCCUAGAACUCUAGCCGGCAUCACCUCCUACCAGCACUGUCUGCAGCUACGCUACCCCUCCCUAACUUUAGGUGGUGGUAUAGAGCAGAAGAAGGCUUCACGAAACUGUGACCGGUCUGGACGCUGGGAGGAGGCAGACUACUCUCAGUGCCUUUAUACCAAUGACAUCACACGCAUCCUACACACGUUCAUACUGAUGCCCAUCAAUGCCUCCAAUGCCGUGACUCUGGCUCACCAGGUGCGAUCAUACACUCUGGAGGCUGCUGGUUUCACUGACACAGUGGAUGUUCUGUAUGUGGCUCAGAUGAUGCACAAAUUAAUAGACUAUGUGACAGAAAUGCGUGAGCUGUCCGAGGUGCUGGUUGAAAUGGGGAGUAACCUGAUGCAGGUAGAUGAUCAGAUCCUGGCUCGGGCGCAGAGAGAGGAAAGAGCCUGCAGUUCAAUCGUCUACACUCUGGAGACUCUUGCUUGGCCUCAGUUGCAUUCUCAUGCCCAGGACCUGUCCAGAAAUUCUCGUAACAUUGUGAUGGAGGCUCACCUGAUUCGUCCUGCUCACUUUACUGGCAUAAGCUGCACGGUUUAUCAGAGACGAGAGGGGGCAGCUGGGAGCCAGGUGCAUGAUGGGGCUGAGCUUUCACUUGAGCAGCAACUAAGAUUUCGCUGCACUACAGGAACACACAACACCUCACUGAAUGCUUUCCAUCUCAAGAAUGCAGUGGCUCUUGCUACAGUGUCUCUCCCUGCAACUCUUUUCCCGCCAAAUGCUCCUCCUGACUGUAAACUUCAGUUUAUUGCAUUCCGCAAUGGGAGAUUCUUCCCAUUUAUCAGCAAUUUCACCGGACAUUCGGACCUUGCCCGCAGAAGAGGCAUCAGCACACCAGUUAUCUACGCUGGCCUUGAUGGAUGCAGCAUGUGGAAUCAAUCAGAUCCCAUUAUAGUUUCGCUACGACACACGUCACCUGGAAAUGACCCUGUCGCCGCCCACUGGAGCUCGAAGGCAUUGGGGAGUCAUGGAAGUUGGAGUCUUGAUGGCUGUCAGCUAAUUCAUAGUGAUGUGUCUAUCUCUACACUGCGCUGCUCUGUACUGAGCAAUUACGCUGUGCUUCAGGAGAUACCAGACUUCCCAGGUUCACCUUCGGUUCCAGUGGAAGUGCUUCAUCCUGUGAUUUACACUUGCACUGCAGUGCUGCUCCUCUGCCUCUUCACCAUCAUCAUCACUUAUAUACUGCACCACAGCUCCAUCAGAAUCACAAGGAAGAGUUGGCACACUCUCCUGAACACUAGUUUCCAUGUUGCAAUGACGUCUGCAGUAUUUGCUGGAGGCAUCACUCUGACAGGAUAUCCAAUUGUAUGCCAGGCAGUGGGGAUUGUUCUUCACUACUCCUCUCUGUCCACUUUGUUAUGGAUUGGUGUUAGUGCCAGGGUUAUCUAUAAAGAAGCAUUAUUAAGAACUCCACAGCAACUAGAAGGAGAAUCUGCUGUACAACCAACCCAACGGCCCAUGCUUAGGUUUUACUUGAUAGCCGGCGGCGUCCCUCUAAUCAUAUGUGGUAUCACUGCAGCUGUAAACAUCAAUAACUAUGGAGACAACAUUCCUUACUGCUGGUUGGUAUGGCAACCCAGUUUCGGAGCUUUCUACAUUCCAGCUGGAUUGAUAAUCCUUGUGACCUGGAUCUACUUCCUGUGCACUGUUUUCUGCCUGAGGCACCGAAACUUCCAGGAGUCUAAAGAUCCUCAAUGCUCUGCGGCCGACCCUUCAAAUUUGCCAGAGAGUCAACCGGCACUCAGCGGCAGCACCAGUCUUCUUUCCACGGACUCUGGGGUCGGCCCAGUGCAUGCUGGGACAACAGUGGAGGACCAGUACUCAUUGAAGGUCCAGUGUUUGGUGCUGGUGGCAACCCAGUUUGUGUUUGUUGGGCUGUGGUGCUGUGGCGCUAUGGCUGUUUGGAAUGUGGAUAGAGAGCGGAAACUCUUCAGUUGCCUAUAUGGAGGAACAGCUACUGGUUUAGGCAUCUUCUUAGUGCUCCAUCACUGUUUCAAGCGUUUGGAUGUCCAGGCAGCUUGGCUAGGGUGUUGUCCAGGCUACCGUCGCUCUCAACCUAUGCCAGCCUACUCCCACCCCUGCACUGUCACAGUGGGUGUUCAGAGUGCCUCAGAAAGGGGCUCCCAGCUUUUUGUAGCAUGCCAUCCACCUACGGACCCAAACCAAUACUCUUCUUCUGCCAGGUCAUCUUCUACUCAGAGUGGAACAGCGAGCAUCACUGUUGCACCUUGCAAGCUUACUAACCUCCUCCAAGUGUCCCAAGAUAAUGCAAAUAAUGCUACUCGGGCACCGACAGGAACUAAUACCAAUACAAGCACAAGCACAGAGAACAAUAAGCCGGCCAACAAUCUGCUGCCUAGUCUACUGCCCGUCCAGCAGCCUCAAAGGAGGAAAGCUUGUAGUAGAACCAAGGGUGGAAAUACCCAGUACCAUCACAGAGGAGACGCCAGAGGUCACUACCGCCUCAAAGCUCUCAGAACAGGUGGAGGUGGUAGCAUGGGUGCUCUGGGACCUUCUGGGACAGACCACUCAAAUAUUUACCAUCUACACAAACAUGCUUCCAGCGAGAAUGGAAGUCUACGGAAUAGCCAUUCAGAGGGCCAGAAUGGCCUUCUGACCAAUGGGCGGCACAGAGGGGAAGGACUGGCGACAAGCCCUUCGGAAGGUAGUGAUGGAGGUAGCAGCGGAAGUAGAAAACCUUUUCCACUGUUGCCUUCAGUGGCACGUAGGGCUGCUAUGCAGCAAAAUGCUCAGUGCCGCAGUGCUAGCAAAGACAAUCUUAAACUGGCUGCUGCAGCUGAGAGAGAGUCAAAGCGGAGCUCGUUUCCUCUUAACAUGACAUCAAAUGUUACUGCGACAGCCUCAUUGUCGACAGUUUCAGCACCAAAUGGAACACUAAAGGGAUCUGUGGUGGAACUGGACACUAGUGGAACUGACCAAUCACAAGGUUCGGUGGGUAUGAAGAGCAGGGUAUGGAAGAGCGAGACGACUGUAUAGCAAAGUUUCAGGUAGAGUUAACAGACUUUGAAAGUUUUCUGAAGGUGACCUGUAUGCUACAAGCCAAAGAAUUAGUUAUUUCUUCACAACCCUGCUGAUAAAAAACACCUUAAACCAGUCUAAGGCAGUUUGCUGGUUUUAGCUGGUCUACUGACUGGUUUUAAAAAGAUUUUUGGACAAUUAUCCAUGCAGCUAAACACUAACUUGGCCAGACAAUGACCAGCAAACCAGAUUAACAGUGUUGUGAUACUCUACGCCCUUUUUUUUUUCUUUUUCUUUUCUUUUUUUCCCAGGGUCUUGGUGUUCAGGAGCAUGGACAUGUGUACUAUAUGACUGCAGAUAAGCUUUAGUCUAUUAUGUCUCUGGAUGGGGACAAAUCAAGGGUUCAUUCAUUUUAAAGGAAAUUGUGUUUACUCCAUCCAAGACUCUUCUUUGGGGUCUUCAUCUUAAAACUGAGAGUUUACCACAACACUGCAGCAUAGGCUGGUUUAUUAUUAUUAUUAUGUUUUAACAGGGAAGAUAACUCUUUGGCUCUUUAUAUAAACCACCUAUUUGCAAGUUGUUUGAGGUGUUUGAACAGUCCAACAUACUAAGUCUAUGCUAAGCAUAUAAUAAAGAAAAGUAUGUAUGGUUGUUUUAUACAAAGAAAGAGAGUGGGUGUGAGUAUGCAAAAUUUGACUCCUCUAAAAAAGAAAUUGCUGGAGGAGUUGAUGUGGCGAAAUAUGCAAAAUUAUUUUUAUGUGCUUUUUUUAGCUUGUAAUACCACUUACUAUAACAGACUGUUUGAACGAAAUUAAUCGUUUAAUACUGAAUAUGCCAAGGGAUUUGGACCUGAAGUUCAGCUGUUAUUGACAAUGCAGAUUGAUCAGGAUGGUCUAUCAUCUGCUUGAUUUUUCCUGUUCAGUUUUUCUUCUUCAGUCCCUUUGUGUCUUCAUCUGUUUUAUGCAUUUGUUUUAUACACACAAUUUCAUUUACGUGUCUGUAAGAAUGUAGAUUAUGUGUUAUGUAUGUAUUGUUCCACCAUUACAGUGUUAUUUCAACUCUUUGUAGAGUAUUCGAACCAUUGGAAAAGUUGCUUCAUACUGCCCUCUGUUGGGCCAUUUCCGUCAUAUAUCAAAUGCACUGAAAAUGAAUGCUGUGGAUGGACGAAUGAUAUCAACGAAGUGACAGCUCGUUUAGAUGUCACCCCAGAGUAUUAAGGGAUUGAUAAGGAAGGGCAAGUGUUUGUCCAUACAUGAUUAGUUGUAGUGCCAUGUGUAAGUAACAUGGACUUUUUUAAGCACUUGGUUCAGGUAAUGGAUAAAGCAUUUGACGUAUUCUUAUAAAUGAUAAGUAUUUAUAUUAUACAUAUCAGUAUUAAUAUUUUAAUGUAAUUGCUAUUGUCAUUAUGCAAUGUCAUAAUAUCAGUAUUUUACACAGGAUUGGAAGCCUAAUCAGUUUUAUCAACGUUUUUGACUUUAAAUGCACACUAACAUAUUCAAGCUGGACCUCAAACUCCAACUUCUUCUUUUUGGAUUAUCCACACUACAUAUAACAGGUUCAUUACUAAGCAUUGAUCAUCCCAAAAAUAGUUAGCAAAAUUUAAGUAGACAUCUGUAGUUGGAUAACAAGGAUAUGAAAAAAAAAUCAUAAAUUAAAACAAAUUCUUAAGACUUAAACUUAUUUUUAUUCAACAAGCAAGUUUUUUUUUUUUUUUUUUUACCAGAAAUUUUCUCUCAAAAGAUAAUAAGAUGACAUACAAAAGACAUCAUAGUGGAAAGAAAAUAUACAGAUAAAAUCAGAAUUAUUAGCCCCCCUGUUUAUUUUCCCCCAAUUUCUGUUUAAUGAAGAGAAGAUUUUUUUUCAACACAUUUCUAAUCAUAAUAGUUUUAAUAACUCAUCUCUAAUAACUAAUUAAUUUUAUCUUUGCCAUGAUGACAGUAAAUAAUAUUUUAGUAGAUAUUUUUCAAGAUGCUUCUGUACAGCCUAAAGUGACAUUCAAAAGCUUACAUAGGUUAACUAGGCAGGAUAGGGUAAUUAGGCAAGUUAUUGUAUAAUGAUGGCUUGUUCUGUAGACUAUUGAAAAAAAGACAUAGCUUUAAGAGGCUAAUAAUUUUUACCUUAAAAAGAUUAUUAAAAAAUUUAAAACAGUUUUUAUUUUAGCUGAAAUAAAACAAAUAAGAAUUUCUCCAGAAGAAAAAAUAUUAUCAGACAUAAUGUGAAAAUUUCUUUGCUCUGUUAAACAUCAUUUAUAUUUAUAUUUAUAUUUAAUAAAGAAAAAAUAAAUGAAGUGGGGCUAAUAAUUCUGACUUCAACAGUAUUUGAAGAGUUCAGAUGCACAAGCCUUUGCCGUCUGAAAAAUAUCUUUUAAAAUGAGCAUCUUUCUCAGCCUUCUACAUUUGUCUUUAGUUAUUUCACAUUAAAGCCAAUGAAAAGAACUUAUUCAUCAAUACAAAAGUAAAAUUACUGAGCCUACACUCUAGAGUCUUUUAAAAGAAAAUAUCAAAUGGCAUUUAAAAGUUUGUGAAUCUAAACUCUUCAUAUGUUUCUCAUCUUAUAAAUAUAUUGGAACAAAAAUUAUUUCAGGCUUGACUGUGUGUAUAUCCUAACCCUGAAGUGUCCAAAUACCUUCUUAAUAUGAAAGCAAAUAAUGGAUAAUCACAGCCAGAAGCCAAAGGGUGAAUUCCAAUCUUUUUCUUCUUCUUCUACUACUUCUUCUUCUUUUUCUCCCCCAAAGCCCACAAGCUAAAAUAUACUGAAUAUAGUGCCAUUAUUUUUAGACUUCUGUCACAUCAUGGCAAAGUCACAAGUGAAACAUAGUGUCUGUCUUCAGCUUACUUUAAAUUGUGUUCAGGGAUAUUUAUGUGCCAAAGAAGCUCACAGACAGUUAAAGAUGAGAAUUUUCUAUAUUGUGUAGUUUCCCAUUGACCCCUUCAAGCAGGAAAUCAUUGUCCUCAUCAUUGUCAAACUUGUAUUAAAAAAACAAAUCACACGCACACACAUACUGAACCAUAUAUCCCUUUUCCCAUAAUCACAAAUCAUUUAAAGCCACGAUGACUAUGUAGGUUAAAAUAUUGAUUAUGAAGGCUGAUAUACAGUUGAUGUCAGAAUUAUUAGCCACUCUUUGAAUUUUUUUUUUAUAUAUUUCCCAAGUGAUGUUUAACAGAGCAAGGACAUUUUCACAGUAUGUCUGAUAAUUGCUUUUCUUCUGGAGAAAGUCUUAUUUGUUUUAUUUCGGCUAGAAUAAAAUGGUUUUUACCAUCAUUAUACAAUGACUUGCCUAAUUACCCUAACCUUAUACUAGUUAACCUAGUUAAGCCUUUAAAUGUCACUUUAAGCUGUAUAGAAGUGUCUUGAAAAAUAUCUAGUAAAAUAUUGUUUACUGUCAUCAUGGCAAAGAUAAAAUAAAUCAGUUAUUAGAAAUGAGUUACUAAAACUAUUAUAUUUAGAAAUGUGUAGAAAAAAUCGUAUCUCCUUUAAACAGAAAUUGGGAAAAAAAUAAAUAAACAGGGGGGCUAAUAAUUCUGACUUCAACUGUACUCUGAUCACUAUCAUGUCAUUGAACAUUUCAUGUGUUAUUUAAUUUUGGUUUAAAUAAGUAGUUAUUGGUGCAAAAUGUCUUUUGAAAAAGCAAACAAAACACAAACACGAAAACAUUGUGGUCUGCUCAAAGUGUGCCAUGUUUAUGUACAAAGUGUUUUGUUUUCCUUUUUUUCUUUAAGGAAUUUACAUUUUAAAUGUCUUAUUUGUGCAUAAUGGUUUCAUGUGACAUUGUGAUAUUUGCAUGAACAAUCGUAUUUUUCUCUGGGUAGACCUAAAGUGUCUGAGGGUCAGUAUUAUUAAUUCAGUGUUUUCCUCAGUGUUUUGAUUGUAAUCUCUACAUUUAAAAGGGAGAUUUCAAUAGCAACAUGAAUAUUUAUAUUUUUGUCACUCACAUCAUAUGAAAAUGAUAGCAACAUUUUUUGUACCAAUUUCAGUAAUAUAUUUGCUAUAGAUGUUAAGAUUGUGCCUUAUGAAUGACAUCAUGCAAAAUAAAGGUUUGGGAAAACUCGAAA